AUAUUUAGUUAAAUAAGUGCGUGAAAAUACUUGAAACGUAAAUCGCAUGUAGGAUACAUUUAUAAAUACAGUUUCAAAAUACGUGGAAUUAGUUGUUGAUAAAAUAUGGUUUAAUGAUGGCCUCAAAAUUUAAUAACGAUGAUGUUAUGCAAGACAACGUGGACGACGCGGUCGGUGGGAGAACAGGAAAUAAGUGUGAUCCGUGUAGUCGCCGGAAGAGGACCUCCCAUGCUGAUCUGUUCUGUAAAACCUGCUCAGAGUUCCUGUGUAACGAUUGCUGCGAAGCUCAUAAGAUCUAUAAACCCGGGGGUCACGAUAUAAGUCUUGUCAGCGAAACAAAAAGUGGUACGAUAGUUGCCGAUAUGAAAGGUCUGGAUCGGUGCCAAGAACAUGAUAAAGUGUUUGUGUUCUUUUGUGAAGAUCACGACGAUAUGUGCUGUGAAAUAUGUGCCCUUGCAAAUCAUCGAAAGUGUGACAAUCUUAAAGAUAUUGCAAAUGAAGUAACGAAAGAGAAUCAAGAUUUGUCGACUCUAAACCAGAAAAUAAAUUCCACCGUUGACGAAGCGUCAAACUUUGUUAAGCAAAUAAUAUAUGCCGUUACGAAAACAAAAAAUAAGAUGAGUGAAAUUUGUAUGGAAAUGGACGCUUACAAAGAACAAAUCAAUGCAAUGUUUGAAAAUGCCAAAAAGAAAGUCAUACAGGAGUUGACUAAUACGACAAACAAAGAGAAGACCCGUUAUGAUAGUAAACAAUUGGCAGCAAACGAGGCUAGGGACUCCCUUGAAGCGACACGGUCUAUUGUUCAUGCCGUUAACCAACACGGAUCAGCAAUACAAAAGUUCAUGAUAAAGCACGUCCUCAAGAAAAGGUUGCAGGACUGUAGGAGAGUAAUGGAAGGUUUGCGUCAAGACGACCACGCCGUCAACAUGAAUCUUGUCUGGAAUGAAAAUGUGCACAUUCUACUUUCUUUAAAGGAUGCUAUUUGUGAUUUAGUCGUGAGGUCUGAAGACAAAGUGUUAAGCGUUGAGAAAAUCGCAGGGACGGGUUCUUCUUCCGAACAACAAAUUCCUUGUAGACCGGUGCGACUGGAGCUGUUGAAGACCAUGGCGCUCGUGAAGACACGGGAGGACAAUGUGGAACCGUUUGUUACGGGUUUGGAUUUCCUGCCGGACGGGAGGAUCGUCGCUGUCGAUAACUUGAACUGGACAUGUUUUAUAAUGAGUAACACAUUAAAGAGAUCUGAUCCUUCGUAUAAAUUGGAAACGAAACCUUUUGACGUAACGUUCUACUCUGAUGAAAGUAUUGCAGUAAGUACUUUGGAAAGAACUAUCUGUCUGCUGACAGUGGAUAGUAAAAACAAAAUCACGCUUAUGAGGAAGCUGACUACGUCAUCCUGUUACUUCUCCAUCUGCCCAUUGAACGACCGCACGUUCGUGGUGAGCACCUGGGACGACCCGCGGCAUGCAAGGAUGAUUGAUGUGGACGGCCACGAGAGCGACUUUGACAAAGUGAAGUUUCCUAGCAAGACUUAUAAGGGUGACGAAAGUAAAUGUACCUACAUAUCAUCCCGUAGUUCCCUUGUUAUGUUAGACAGAUAUGCUCACAUAGUUUACACGUACAACACCGUGAACGGUGCGAGCAGUGAAAUAAAAGAUGCACGGAUACAGAAACCACGCGGCGCAUGUGUUGGUCCUGAUGACUCCGUGUUUGUUUGUAGCCAGAACACGGAAUCGGUCAUCCAGAUAUCACCGACCGGGGACGUAUGUGCGUCGUGUGACGUCGGCAUGAUGUAUCCGUACGCCAUUGCCAUCUCCAGGGACGGCACCAGGAUGGCCGUCACCAACAAUGAGAGUAGCAUGAAAUUACUGAAAUUGUUUAAAAUAACCCAGUGAUUUAUUAGACCACCAUUCUACGAGUAUAUUGCUUUAAUCACUAAAAAUAGAUAGUCUAAAAUAUGAUCGACACGUUUUUGUUCAAAUAAAUAUUUGGACUUUACUGUAUUAAAAUCAACUGAAUGAAUUUCAUAUAGUUUGAAAAAUAUAUUUCCCUGUAAUAUAAUACCAUUAUGCAUACGUAUAUUGUUAUUUGUAUAAUUUCUUAAAACAAAUGGCCAAUUUCGGUCGUUUGUUCUCGGUGAAAUAUCUAAGUCAAUUUAUACAUAAACUUUAUAUGUAUGCUUCAGUACAUGUAUUAUUUGUAAAUACACAUUUAAAACACUAGUUGUUAUGAUAAUACACUCAUUUGACCUAAUUGAACUAUG